UCCUCCUCCUUCCUCCUCCGCCUCCUCCGCCGCAGCCUCGGGAUCCCGCGGCUCUCGGUGCGGGGGGGGACGCUCACAAAGCUUGGAGCCCGACGUGUGAGCAGUGCCCAUGCCCCAUUGCCUGCCAGCUGGAUGCCGUCCCCUCUGCAUGCUGACGAUGCCCCGCGCGCCCCGGUGACCAGUCAGACGGGGACAGCACCCGUCUGCAGCUCGGCUGGCGGCCGUUCCCAUUUCUCCGAGCACAGCCCAGCCCAGCAUUCAAAAUAGAGUCCCUCAAGGUGACGGUCGACUUCCUGAAGGUGCCCCUUGGCCUGAAGAAGCCCCCUCUGAAGGAGGCCGUGGCCAUCCCGGGGUCAGGCAAAGCCAAGCCCCCCGGCGUGGAGCGGCACAAACCCCGGCGUGCCGACAGCAUGGACAAUGAGUCACAGUACUCGGGCUACUCCUAUAAAUCCGGGCACUCCCGUAGCUCCCGAAAGCACAGGGACCGAAGGGAUCGGCACCGCUCCAAGAGCCGGGAUGGGAGCCGUGGGGACAAGUCAGUGACCAUCCAAGCACCAGGAGAGCCUCUGCUGGACAACGAAUCAACCCGGGGGGAUGAGAGGGAUGACAACUGGGGCGAGACCACCACGGUGGUGACGGGGACGUCGGAGCACAGCAUCUCACACGAUGACAUCACACGCAUCACCAAGGACAUGGAGGACAGCGCGCACCUGGACUGCUCACGGCACUUGGGCGUCGCGCUGGCCGGGGCGUUGGCUCUGCUCGCCUUCCUCACCCCUCUCGCCUUCAUGCUGCUGCCCCAGCUGCUGUGGCGGGAGGAGCUGGAGCCCUGUGGGACGCCCUGCGAGGGGCUUUUCAUCUCGGUGGCCUUCAAACUCCUCAUCCUCCUGCUGGGCAGCUGGGCGCUCUUCUUUCGCCGCCCCAAGGCCUUUUUCCCGCGCGUCUUCGUCUUCCGUGCGCUGCUCAUGGUGCUCGUCUUCCUCCUGGUCGUCUCCUACUGGCUCUUCUACGGCGUGCGCAUCCUGGACUCGCGGGACCGCAAUUACCAGGGCAUCGUGCAGUACGCUGUCUCGCUGGUGGACGCGUUGCUCUUCGUGCACUACCUGGCCGUGGUGUUGCUCGAGCUGCGCCAGCUCCAGCCCCAGUUCACGCUCAAGGCCGUGCGCUCCACCGACGGGGCCAGCCGCUUCUACAACGUCGGGCACCUCAGCAUCCAACGAGCAGCCAUCUGGAUCCUGGAGAACUAUUACCACGAUUUCCCAGUCUACAAUCCUGCCCUCCUCAACCUGCCAAAAUCCGUCCUGUCCAAGAAAAUGUCCGGGUUUAAAGUCUAUUCCCUCGGCGAGGAAAAUACCACCAACAACUCCACGGGGCAGUCCCGGGCUGUCAUCGCUGCGGCUGCCCGACGGCGUGACAACAGCCAUAAUGAGUACUACUAUGAGGAGGCAGAGCAUGAGCGCAGGGUGCGGAAACGCCGCGCCAGGCUGGUGGUGGCAGUGGAAGAGGCUUUCACCCACAUCAAGCGGCUGCAGGACGAGGACCAGAAGAACCCACGGGAGAUCAUGGACCCCCGGGAGGCAGCCCAGGCCAUUUUCGCCUCCAUGGCACGGGCCAUGCAGAAGUACCUGCGCACCACCAAGCAGCAGCCCUACCACACCAUGGAGAGCAUCCUGCAGCACCUUGAGUUCUGCAUCACCCACGACAUGACGCCCAAGGCGUUCCUGGAGCGGUACCUGAGCGCCGGGCCCACUAUCCAAUACCACAAGGACCGCUGGCUGGCCAAGCAGUGGACGCUGGUCAGCGAGGAGCCAGUGACCAACGGUCUGAAGGACGGGGUGGUUUUCGUGCUGAAGCGCCACGACUUCAGCCUGGUGAUCAGCGCCAAGAAGAUCCCUUUUUUCAAGCUCUCGGAGGAGUUUGUGGACCCCAAGUCGCACAAGUUCGUCAUGAGGCUGCAGUCUGAGACCUCCGUGUGAGCACACAGAGCGCUGCAGGGGCUCCAGGGUGGCCUGGGUCGUGCAGGUCCCUGAGCACCAAGCCCCAUCCCUGGCACGAGGCCGCUCGGUGCCCAUCCCCACGCUCCCACACCCAGCUCCUCGCAGCCAUCCCCAGGAGGCACUGCCAGCACAGCACAGUGUCACAGCCAGACGGGCAGCAUCUCAGUGCCAUCCCCCCAAGGGCUGACCUUUGGCUGAGUUCUCUGCACCAGCAGCCUCGCUCGUGGCCAGGUCUGAAGCAUCUCCUGCGUCUUCCUCUUCUGCUGCGACCGCUGCGUCUCCGGUCUUAAAGCACCACCUGUGUCUGGGCUGGUUGGUAAUAACGACACUUUGGGAGUGUUUUGCAAACCCCUGUGAUCUGAGGCUGCUAUGGAACCAUCUCUCUGCCCCGUGACCGGGGCAGACCCCACAGGCACGGUGCUGCUGCUACGGGAGACCCUCAGCUCCCCACUGCUUUGGGCAUGGAGCUCCUCACAGAAGCAGGAGGUCUGACGAUGAAGCUGAGAAACAUCCCAGCGCUGUGGGUACCCCAGCCCACCUCCAGCUCCCAGCACACCCCUCACAUAGGGCCGUUACCCCAUUCCAAC